AUGCUAAAAGUUCCAGUAUUUGACACAAAGAUGAUCGGCAUGACCACUAAAACUGCAAGAAACACUUUCUUAGAUAGGGUAGUAACAAAAUUUUCCAGCAGGAGAUAUACGUUCAAAGAUUGUGCUACAAAAUUGGACAAGGAUUUGCCAAUCGCAUUUAAGGCGCCACUUCGAAGAAGAAAAACAAAACGUUUUUUCUCAACUUACAGUAUGGACUAAGAAUAGAUAGGAUAUUUCUCCUUUAUUAUAACAAUCUGAGAGCGCGAGAAAAAAACACAAUUGUGCAUGUAGAAGAGUAUGACGCUUUAAAGCGACCAAUCACCGACGGGGUGAGAUUCAUGUUAGCUGAGAGAUCUGAAAGAACUCUAUAAGCAAACACGACGGCGUCAGCAACGAACGCGUUUGGCUAACAUUAUGAUAAGGAAAUCAAGGAUAGCUUUAUUCGGAUAAGUUCUGAUAAUUUGACUCACUAAGUAAGUGGAGGCAAGGCACACGAGGAAGGUUGACAUGAUAGCUAACGAACUACCGGCCACCAAAUUGAGGACGUUCAACAGAAAACUGAAAGAUGGGCAAUGUUCAAUGUUCAACAUUGGGAAUCGAAAAAUUCCAGAGCUCAACAACAUCACUUACAUUGAAACAGACAUAUUAAGUGAGUAGUACCAAUUGACCUAUGAUAAUAUAACUGACAUUUUCUUUUUUGAACAUGAUUUUUCUUCAGACAAUGUCUGAUCACUGGCAUGAUAAAUAAAAAGAAACGAUGACCUAAUUUCCUUAAUUCGUCCAGUGAUUAACUUUUCUCAGUAGUCUUAAUACCAAGCGGUUAGGGAAUAAAAUAUUGGUUUGCUCCUGAAAUUCGGCCCGGCCCAUCGCAGGUUUCAUGAAUCUUUUAAUUAGCUUUGGCCUUCGGCGUCCGAAAAAUGGUACUAGUUUGAACAUAUUUUCUUGAAGUAUUUCAAGCGUUUGUCUUGCUUUGUUGGACAGUAAAUUAAGAAAGGCACAAAAGGCAACCUAUGCUCCACUACGUGAAUAUUGAGACCUUUACAAUACUGUGUCAAUUAGGAUGUAGCUACAGUUUAAGAAAUUCACAGUGAUAAAAUGUUUGGAUUCUCUUACUGAUUAAAAUAGCCUAAAACAAAAACCCUUGCCUUUGCACGUACAAGAGAAGUGAGGUGCGUGAUUCGUCGAUUCGUUUGAUUUAUGGGCUCCUGUAGGACAAAUUCAGUAGUAUAAAUCCGUCUUUUUUGGUAAGGUUUGAGUAGUCAGGAUAAGCUGUCAGAAAAUGUUUUGCUAGACUUAUAUGUGGAUAGAGUAGUUGGGAAUAGAAACUCGGAGGUGCUUUAAGGUGAUAAAAAAGGUCAGUUUGUUUUUGAUUACGUCAUUGUGAGAGAACGUGUUUACUAAAUAUUGCCAACAAUAGAGGCGGCUUCUGAGUAUUUGCCCUUUCAACUCAUUCCUUUGUUCCUUAUUCUUUAUAUUCGAAGAAUCUUCCAAAUCUCGUCAUUUGCAUCAUGGCGGACUUCACCAGAGUUUCAUCCAAACAUGGAGACGUGGAAAUGGCAAAUCGCAACGGACAUUUUCAUGCAGUAGGUUCCAUAUUCUCAUUUUUCAAAGACCUUGACUUGUUGCAAACAUUUUUGACUUUCCAAAAAUGACUUUUCGCAGAACGAAAACAAAGGGUAUCUAGCAGACCCAGGAGAAAACGCAGGAAAUAAACCCGGGUGGAAAGGAAAUCAGAAUGAGGAAGAUUUUGAUCCUUGGGCUCUGCCCGAACUUCAGGAUAUUGGACCAAAAUGGUCUGGUAAGUUUCGUUGCGUUCAGUCUAGUCGUAUUCUUCGUCUAACUUCGUCAUACCACAAAAUUCCGAAAAUGAACCCCGUGGGUGUUAAAUGGUUUUAAAAGUAAUAAUGUGUUAAUAAAAAGAUAAUUAAAUAAAUAAAUAUAAUCAAAGGCCUCUUUUGUGGGGCUUAUAAUAGCAGGGAAAUUUCAUCUUCAAAAUCCAGCGGGCUUUUAAUUGUAGGAAAUUUGUGUCAACAAUUUUCAAAGCACAAUAACAGGAUUCUAGAAAUUCGUGGGAAGUAAUUCUUCAGAACUUGCAAACUUAAAAGUGACAGCAAUAACGGAACUUCAUUGAAAAUGAAAAUGCUGGAACUAGUACGUGAUAUCAUAAAUUUAAUGCGAUGAUUUGAUACUGUCGCCCAUCGGUCAAAAAGGAUAGGGUAGGAUAGGAUAACUGCUUUAUUAUCGACAGAGCGCCUACAGACACAUGUGUUUACAACAAUAACAAAGAUUUUAGUGCAAUAAUUACAGAGGUGUACAUUUGUAGAAUUUAUACAACUAAACAAGGUUAUAUUUAACGCGUCUAUCUCUUUCGCGGAAGCGAUCACAUACGUAUUUAGCCACAAUUUUUUGCGUUUUCUCUCCUUGCUUCAUACUUAUCAAAGUUGCAAAGGCAGAGCUUGCAGUCAUAGUGUCAUAGAGUCAUAGAGUCAAGAAAAAGGAAGACGCAUCAUCUUACGUGCUAAGUGAUCAAAAGUUAAGUUUUUAGCAUCACCAUCGUCAUUUCAGUUGUAGUAUCAAUAUUAGGAAAGGCAAAGUAUUUUAAAGCAGCUCAGUUAAGGCUUAUUCAAAUGGAGUCACGCAAUAUGUUUCUGAAAACAAAGAAAAAAAGAGAAAAGGCAAGAAAAAAAGAAAAAAUAGUAGAAAAACGUAAAUACCAUGUACAUAAAUAGAAAUACCUGAAUAAAUUGUUGUUCUUGGCAUUAUUUUCCCUCUUUUUGGCUCUUACUUUCUUAUCAUUUAGCAAAAAACUCGUUUCAACUAGCAAAACAUGUUACAUACAGAGAACAACAACUGACACGUAAUGCGAACGAGUCUAAUGUUUUCUUGUCAAUGCCGAUGUAACAAUGUCAAAUGAUAACCUCACAUCAAAUCACAACGGGGUUUACAAAUGCCUUGAAACCUGUUGCUAACAACAAUGCUUUAGCAGCAAUUGCGACUUCAGUGCCGGAUCUAGACCUUAAUUGAGAUAAGGGGGUUUGGGGGAAGCGGUGGUGGGGUGCGGUCUCCAAAAACAUUUUUGGAUCCACCAUUGGACUUAUGAUUGUGUGAUCGAAUCUCUCUGUUCCCUGACCAAUAGAGCUCGACUGCAAAGGAAAGUUUCUUCGCGUCGCUUUGGCGUUUACCAAGAUUGUCUUACUCCUUGGUCUUCUGUACUUGUUCAUCUGUUCGUUGGAUUUCCUAAGCAGUGCCUUUCGCUUGUUGGGAGGAAAAGCCGCUGGCGAAGCCUUCGCUUCGAAUGAAAUUCUCAGCAACCCCGUUGCUGGCCUUAUGAUUGGCAUCCUGGCAACUGUGCUUGUUCAAAGCUCGUCCACUACAACUUCCAUCGUGGUCGCAAUGGUGGCUGCUCGCAGUAAGUUUUGUAUUUUAUAACAACAAUGUUGCAUGAUUUUGGAAGAUCAGGGGCACCCAACGUCAAUUUUCGGAAAAUAUCUGUUCGGAAGACGAUUUGAGAUCUAGAUUUUUUCGGAACAUUUGUUGUAAAAUUCACUGCUUGCCUGCCUUUCCUGGGAUUUUCGAACAUCUGAAAAAUUGUAUAAUUGCCCUUUUUUAACAGCGUUUUACUCUAAAAGGUCACCCAGAAUUUUCGGGAACCUUUUUUCUGGCUGACAUUUUCGAAAAGGUAAGUUUUGAUCCCUAUAAUUUUCGGAUCACUAGACUUUCAGCUAGGAAAUCCGAACAGAUGAAAAAUUUUUUAGGGGAUGAAAAUAUGCCUAUGUCUACCGUUUAAAUACUAAAAUACGUUUAACAAUGCUAUGUUUAAGUGGUUUUGAACUAUAUUCUCGUUGGGUGCCCAUGGAAGAUAUUUACCAGACUUUACUGUAAUUUAUAUAACGUUUUAGCGCUUCCAAUAGCUUCUAAUGGUCACAUAUCUGAAAAUAAUUUCAGUAUUUUUAAAAUCAACGCUGUCUAAGCAGAGGGUUUUAUUGAUUUAUGGACCAUAGUUUCGUCAUAGAGGAAAAAAUCCCUAUACUUUGUCACUCAUCGAAAAAGUAAUACAACACACUUAUUUUGAGUUGAUAUUGGCCUGGUAGCCAAUAACCAGCAACGCCGGAGUUUGUCCGGCUUGAACUGUGCAAAAGCUAGAGAAGUCAAUUGAAAAGUCUGUUCCUUGUUUGUUUUUCUUCUAACCAUUUCAUUACUGAAUCAGUUUUGUCACAAAACCAAGUAUCAGAAAUAGAUACUAAGUUAGAUUAGAUUCCCUUUGUCGCACAUUUUCUUUUUGGAGUUUCCUAGGGUAUUCUUCAUUCUGUUUAUCACUUUUACAUCUGGAUUUGUGCUAUUUCAAAAUAAGGCAGAAAUUUUGGUUGGAAAAGGAUGAUGUUUUGGUAUGCGCCCGAGAGUGCCUUGCUUAGAUGGACGUUGUAAUUCUUACCCCUAAAACUGCGAACUAACUGUGGAGCGUUAAGAUACUAUUAUGCAGCACUUGUUGGUGAACAGAAACUACACUUUUAACCACAAGAUCAUACCACCUGUAAUCACUCUCUCAUCAGGUGCGUUAGUGUUCAAAAUCUACGUUUGUCUCUUCCAUCCAAUUGUUAUGCUCCAGGCGGUGUGCGUCACGACCCACAAAGGUUCAUGGGUAAAACUGUUACUGUGCCUCAUUUCAAUCGUGACACGGUCGAGUUCGCAUCUCGUAUAAAGAGAGGUGAGUCAAACCCAGGGAUCAAAACACUGCUUCCAUUUCGGAAGAGAGCGAUUUGGAGAGUUUUCAAGAUCUCAUAGUGGCCUUAGAUGCCUGCUAUUGGCUUCACAAGACAAUGUCAAUAAGUUUAUCGCGAUUCGGAGACGAUCGUGCGAUCUAGCCGACUUUGAUCGGCGACAAAUUUCCAGCUUCUCAUAAGAUUUUAUCUACUCUUUGGUUUAUAUGUAUAUUUUUACCUCAUAGAGAAAUAGAUCUGUAGUUCAUACAUGGAUUUGCUUAACUAAAAAAAAUAUUCGUCCAUUAGAAGUGUUUAUAAAUUUGAUGGACUUUAUUACCGGCCAAGGAGGGGGAGCGCGAGCAAACAGCAAGGUGAGAAAUCGUCUGCUCAUAACAAUUUUAUUUUCAUCGACAAGUUUAUAUUAUUCUGAAAACAGUGCCUAUUUGAAAUCCUUAUGCGCAAAUAAAUCUUCUAUCAGGCAAGGGGAAAACAGGCCGAAAGAGCCGAACAGCUACAGCACAAUCGGAAUUUCACCGAAGCUACAUCCGCCGAAAUAAAUCACGAUCUUGUCUGUGCGUUCAUUAAAGUGAGCGCAGUAUCAGGGGCGGAUCCAGGAUUUUUUUUAGGAGGGAGUGCACUCGUCUCUUGCUCUACUUCAACACCAAUAAACCACAUAGUUCCGUUUUUUUUUUUUGCAGAAUACCAGUUGUAUUAGAAAACCGCAGGUCAGCUCAAGGGGGGGGGGGGGGGGGGGGGGGGCGCCCCCCCUGCCCCCCCCCCCUAGAUCCCCCCCUGAGUAUAUCGAUUUUGUUAUUAAUAAAAUAAAACCUAACCUCAGUUUUAAAAUCCUGUAUGAUGUAGUCUGGAUCUUCGAUAAGAGUUUUCUGUUUUGGUAGAGAUUUAUAACAAAUUAUUCCCUCACAUAAGUUUACAUAAAGAUAUGCAUUCACAUACCACACACUGCAUGCAAAUUAUUUUAAAGUCACGCUUUCAGUUUCCGCACUGGGUUAAUAAAAAUGUUUUCUUUCCAACGGUUAUUACAAUAUUCAAACUUAUUUACCUUUUCUGGUUUAAAAUAGAGAAAACUCUUCCUGGAUUUGUGUUACUCGCUUCACGUCGGCUUCCGCUUCGGUAUGUUUUCUCAGCCCGUUUCCCGGGAGUUGUGCCACUUGGCUGAGACGAUGUCUUAAUAGGCCAUUUUACAGUUGUGUGCUCAGUGCCCUGGCCUCUGAAUAGAAGCGAGGCUGGCGGUGACCUUGUUUUGUUACAAACCUUACUGCUUUUCAUGUGCAAAUCGUGGUAUUCUCUUGCUAACAAGCCCGUGAACAUGAUCAUUUACAUAUGAAAAAACAUAGGCACGUUAAACGUGCAUGAGCUAUUUUGAAUGCUUCAGUGUAACCUUACCAAGAAUGAUGAAUCUACCUUUUUCGUCCUAAAUAUAGACUGGGUUUUUGUGCAAAAUUGGGUAUUGCCGUACAUAAAUGAAAACGCGAAACGCUCAGCUGCGUCGAUCCUCAUGCUAUAUAUUCACUUUCCUCUGUCUUUCCCUGUUACAUUUGGUGCAAGUUCAACAAAUUAUUAAAGUAAAAUAAAUAUCUACUCACCAAACGUUGAUUAGAAGGAAAACUCUAAGGUUUCCUCGGAGUUUCUUAAGCCAAAUUGUGACUCAUCGAAUUCGAGUAGUUAAGAAGUACCAGGAUUCUUAUCAUUGUGGUAGAUGGUUGCAUCAUCACAAUUCACGAGGUUUUCACGUGCGAUUCUACUCAGUGAAACAGUCCUUAACUCCAACAACUUAUUUCUUCAUGUUUUAAAAGCUAUUGCUUCUUAAAAGAAAAGAGCCUUUUUUAAGGCAUUGGUUACAAAACGAAACAGGUCUUCGUACGUUCAAGUUACUAUUAUUAUUGUAAAAAGCCAAUCUGCAUGAGACAUACAGUCACACAACUGGCACGUGAAAGUGUUGGACUUUGCCCCCUUUCGUGGUUCGUACGUGAGGGAAUUCGAACAGCAAGUGGUAACGUUGCGAGUAUGCGCGAGCCGCUGGACGGAAGUUUGUGGUGGUAUUGGAUCGCAGCGAACGCAGCAAAGAAAAAUGGCGCCUCCUUUAAAAAUUAUCAUCGUCUUAGUCAUCCGUUCUAUUUUUGUGGAGUGCAGAUAAGACAAAGUCUUCUGUGUAAUAUGCGAGAUUGGUCUCAAGGCUAAUAAGUCGCAGAUCAUUCACAAUUUUACGCUUUGAUGGGGUUCUGUGUAACAGCUACAAAACUCCUCUAUUAAAGCACUGGGUAACUGGGAAAAAAUCUCCUCAUAUAAGUUGUGACCGAGUACAAAACGUCCGACGCUUAAGAUUUGAAUAAAACGCUGUGAAAAAAAUUCUAAAUGCUAUGCGACAAUCUCCUUGCAAUAAUACGAUUCCACGUCAGUUAUGGUUCAGGAACGCCCUGUUGUUUAGAGAUGUGCAACCUUAGUGCAGUGAUUCUGCCAGUGAUUAAUUUUCAGAGAUACCCUCUCCUAACCACCAGUGUCCAGACGAGGUGCAGUGCCCUGAUUCUGUGACUGAUAAAAUUUCAAAGAUAUCCCACCCAGGGCUAUGAAAUUGUAUCUUUCCAUUUUUGACUAUAUGAUAUAAAACUAAAGACCCAAACUCUAGAAAUGACAUUUAUUAAAUGUAUGUGAUGCCUUAACUUAUUCAGAGGUGUAGGCAGAAUUUUGUAAUAUGGAGGCUCUUGAAUCCAAGAUGCCCCUUAUACCUCUAAAAUAAAGAAUUAGAUGAGCCAAGAGAGGAGAGUGGUACAAGAUGUGUCAUAUUACAGAUGUGUUUUAUUUAGGUAACCCUAACAAUGAAAAAUCCUUCCCUUUACUCCCCACACUUCUACAUACUAGAAAACUGCAAAUAUGCAUACACACAACAGUGAAAAUACUUAAAAUAGUAAAGAUCAAAGUCAUAUUUAAAACUGCAUUUUCUCCUUGAGAUAUUGAAGUGAAUUUUCUGCUUCUGGUACUUCCAUGUUUGCACUCAUUUUUGCUUUUCAGAAAUUUUGUUGUUGGUAUUUUUUACUGCACAUGUGUUAAUUAUUUAAUAUAUAACUAAUAAGGCUUAGCUCCCUUGACUAACCCAUAUCUAUUUGGGGCCAAGUUCUUAUGAUUUGAAGAUUAAGAAAUUGAAAAUGAGAGAAAAUUAGCUCUAACUUUUCCUUUUCAUUCAAUUUCAACAUGUGGAGAACUUAAGGAUCUUAAAGCCUGAUAGCUUCAAGUGAGUCAAUGUAUGACUCAAUAAAAUUAAAGCUUGUCUGUGUGUCUUCUGGGGCACCAAGGCUAUUUCAUGCAGUUCAGGAUGGAGUGACAGACCCUUCACAUUCUGCAGACAGCAUAGGGUUAAAUAAAAAACAGAUAGUCGCCAUUUUGUACCAGCUCUGCUAUGGCUUGAGUGAAAAGUGGAACUGGUUUGAAUGUGACGAUGCAGUCGUCCUCAAUGACUAUCACUUGAAUCAACAAGGUUUUGUGCUGAGCAUCUCAUAGGGAGCUCCUGCAACAGGCAAAAGGCAAAUGAAAUUUUCCAUAACUUGUCAUCUUGCAACACCAGGGGCAUCAAUUGCAACUUGUGCAGUCUAUGAUAGAUGACUGUAUACACUACUACUGUGUAUACACAGCCAAACUGACAUUGGCAGGCCAUAAGUGCUCCUAAAUAUAUGAGACCCAGAGUAUCAAAAGAAUUAUUUCUAGCGAAGAGUGGAAAGUUACUCCUAUGGCAUUUUGUUGUUGCACACAACUAGUGAUACCCCUUUAGAUAUUCAGAAUUUCCAAAGUGUGAUGGAUACGAAUUUAUAUUCAAGAAGGAAAGAAAUCUUUUGGAUAGAAAAGGAAUGAUAACAUUAUAUUUUAUGAUUUUUGUUAGCGUACAAAUACAUUGUAUCUGAUGGAGCUAAUUCUUAUCUGGAUGCCAAUGCAAGGAAUCAAAUUCACAGAUUUCAUGUCCAGUGUAGUCUGUGCUUCAAACAGGAAUGGCAGUCCAGCAAGUGCAAAGCUGAACAAGGCAAAGAAUUGUUUUGCGCUUGAACUUGUGCUAGUGUCAAAGUGGGAGUAAUAUCAUAAUGGUCACAUGAAAAUGCAUUAAAUCACACUUAUCAUAUUUUAUAGUAGUGAAGGGGAAAAGAAUGCACAUAUGUGUAUUUUCAUAUUUUAUAUCGAUUUCAGUUAUGUUUCAAGACAUUAUGUAAACAUUUUAAGCAUAACUUUAAAAUUCUUUUAGGCGCCAAUUUUAUAUGUAUAAACAAAAUCAUCAUAGAAUAAUCAUCUUCCAAAAUGGUGAGGGUUCUUGUCAAUGAAUCUUAGAGCUUACAGUGCAUAAUUAUUAAAACGCAAAUUCAUCAGUGUUCCCCCCCUUGGAUGCAAAAUCAAACAUUCAAGAAUGAAAGAGUGUUCCGAAACAAUGCUUUUACAAAUAAGUUUUGUUGGGAUAUACUUUUACAUGUUCACGAAAAAUCUGAAAACAAGGUUGAAAAGGACAAGAAAAAUUUGUCUAUCUUAAACGAAGUUUUAGCAAAUAAUAUUUCACGAUCCACUGCCUCGAUCUCUUAAUCUCCGAGAAUAAGUAAUCGCCAUAGAGCACCAAUGUAAACCAGAAAAGCAAAUUUUCGAAAAUUGGAAGGAAACAUCCGACUACGGCCUUACUUGUAAGAGCAGGAAAUUUGCUUGUUGAUUUCAUGCCGCUAAAUAGUAUCAAAAUACUCGAACUUCCCCCCUUUGAAUUAACCAUUAAAAGUGAAAAUACGGAGUGACCGAAAGAGACGUUUAACCUGUCUAGUCGUUUGUGUAGGAUAUAUAACUGGAUCUCACUGUACAGUCAGGGUGAAAUACUACAAAAAUACGGGGGUCACAUAAAUUGCGUUGAAUUCAGGCUGCUAUAAUUUUAACACAUAACAUUCGAUGAUGCUGCUCCACAUUUCACAAAGUAAAUGAAGGGGUAUAUCUUACCUAAAUGCUAAGCAGCUCUGCACAUCUUGGACGAUAACCCAUAAAUCCGCGACCGCUUGAAUGUCAACAAAUCAACACAUCACAACAAACGACCUCGUGAACGCUUUAUCUGCUUCAUCAGAGGAGCCAAAUGGAUGAAAAUUAACCAGCUAAAUGGUCCUUCUCCCAUACAUGACACUUCAACAUGGCUUAGCCAAAGUAUCCAAUCUAUAACACAUGUCUGCUAUUGACUGGGUAUGCAAAAAAAUCUCCCUUGAAAGUGCUUCAGGACAGCUUUCGGCCAUUACGAUUUCCGGUCGACAAGUGCUUCCCAGAAAGACUGACGCAUGCGCAAACGUUACCACUUGCUGUUGGGAAUUCGAGUUAUCACACGUUAAUCUAGUAAACAGAAUUAUAAAAAUAACUCAUGCACACAAUUUGCACGUGAAGGUGUUGGCCUUUGGCCCUUUUACAAUUCGUACGUAAAAAAAAACGCAAAUUGUUUACUACAAAAUUUUCUCAACGAUUUUAAGAAAUCACCUCGGCUUCAUUACAACAUCUGCAAUUAAAUUAUGUUUCAUGCAACGUCAAGGUUGAUAGCCUAACAUUUAUUAACUUUGUAAGCGAGAGAAUAAUAUUUUAAAGCUUGUUUACAGGAUUAACAAUACUCGGUGCAUCUUUAAAAAAAAUAAGCUGCCUUUCAAACUUGUAAAACCACAUUUUAUAUGCCGCAUACUUUCAAAUUAAAGUCCAUAUCUAAAUAUCAAUUAUUGCUUUACUGGAAGAGCUUUGAAAAUAUAUGAUCUUUUAUACUCUACCUUGAAGCAGGUGAAACGCAACUCAUAAAUACGUGCGUCAGUACCGUUCGCGAUAGCUGAAUUCGGUCAGAAAUGUCUUGAAAUAGCAUCCACACUAAAAUAUGAACCCUUAAACAGCUGCAUCACUGUACACAGCGUUUGAAUCAUGAAGAUGUUUAAUAUAAUGUUUCCAAACACCUGUAGCCGUAAUAUACGACGAAAAAAUUGUCAAGAAUCAAGAUGGCGGUCUCAAAGUGCCCUUGUUCGACCUUUAGAGCUCUUUAGCAAUGUAAUGUUUAAGUAGAUGCCAAGAUCUCAUUGGUUCCUAAGCAUCAACUCAUAGUACCUUCAACCUUAUUGGCUCUUGCAACAAACAUCUGAACAUACAAAGUUACAAAGAUACAAAGUUACAAAGAUACAAAGCCACAAAGAUACAUACGCUCACACCACUGACAUAUGAGCUAUUUUUUCAAAAUAGCUCAACAAGAAGGUUUGUUACAAAACAAGGUCACCGCCAGCCUCGCUUCAAUUUAAAGGCUAGGGCACUGAGCACACAACUGUAAAAUGGCCUAUUCCAAGACACUUUCAACGGCUCAUAACGGGAAAACUAACAGGGGUAGACCCGGGUAGACCCCGAAAUUUGCAAAGAAGAAAGGUUGAAGUAUCAAGAUGGCCAAAAUAAUUCGAUAAGACUGCUAACAAUAACCAGCAAUGAAUCCAAGAAGAACUGCAAGAACAACACUCAAAUCAUCAUGGCGGCCUGCACAUGACCGAGCAGUUCAAACGUGUCACAAAAGCUCAAGAACGCAAAAUAUUUACGAGUAACGCGACUGCUAUCAAGAUUAAGUGUUCCGACAACUUUACACGGCGGUAUAGUGUGGAAAUUACCAACACAAGCUUGGAAUAAAGCGAAAAUUUCUCCUCAUACACCUCUGAAAACGGCUCUUUCCAAGCGCGAAAAUCACUCUACAAAUGACGCAUUCUGAUUGGUCGAGUCUCGUGACGCACACCGCCUGGUUAUGCUCUAUCAAGCGACAAUUGUCGCGGCUUGUUGCACACUCACACACUCAUCAACGUUUUACGAUAAACAGUUCGUUAUCACACGUGAAAAUGACAACAGGUUAAAGUAUUUCAGAAUAUCCCAAAUUCUUUCGCCACAUGCUUAGUCCCUGGACCCCACUUUCCUCUUCCCCAAUCUUCCUCCAAAUUCCAUAAUAAAAUACAGUGAAAACAUACGGCAUACCUGAAGGGCUCACUCCCUCUUGAAUUAGCCAUUUUACUGAGGUUCAGCUUGUUGUGUCGAAUAUUAUGUCGGUAUGGAAAGGAGAAGUCGAUACGUCACGUUGCCAUAGUAGCAAAGUUUCUGGAUGACAACGAACCGAAAACGUGAAUUCGCACUGUUUCAAACUUCAUCGAUCUUAUUCAAUUUCAUUUAAUUUGUCAAAUGUUGGCGAAAUUUUCUGGGGUUGAAUUCGAAGGACCGUAUCUAAGUUUAGAAAAAGAACAAGAAAAUUUUUUUGUUGUGUUCACGUGUUGUGUUCACCUACUUUAUAAUGCGGGGGCGUGAAACUAGUAAGUUUCACGUAGCAGUCGUGCAACGACAGCUAAGAACUAAUGUAAAAAAAUAAAAAACGUGAAGCACGCGCAAAGUUGUUGUUUUGCUAAUCUUAACCUAUUAAGCCAGCUAUUUAGACGGAGUUUAGCCAGUGUUUAACUACCCUGGGUUCCAGAGGAUAUUUUUUUCUUAUUGAUACUGAUCGUUCGAGGCGGAGCCGCGUCAACGAGGCGCGAAGAGCCGAGAGAAAAAAAUAACCUCUGGUCACAGGAGCUACGAGUCUCAUUUCCAUGCAAUUUUAGGAUCAUAUAUCUCAUCAAACCGGUUUGGUGCUGAUGUGCGUGUAUAUUUUCAUUGACGCUGACAGCUGAGAUUGGAUCCUACGUGACUCUCUACGAUGCAUGAAAAAAGAAUUGCUCGAAAGCUUACUUAGAGAGGAAAGUGCUAUAAAAAUUGUCACAGAUUCUUUUCCAAAAAAUGCACUCUUCAAGUUUCAAGUAUAUGAAAAGGACAGAAGUCAGCAGAGAAAUACACACUCUGUAUGUUUUUAGAAGUCAACGGGACAAAAAGAAUUUAGGGUCCGCGACACUUGUAUUACUGUACCACGCCAAACUAAAUAUUGCCAGGCAAAACGGCUAUGCCAAACAAAACAUAUCAUUCUGCUGCAUUUUUUAGCAAAUAAACCGCGACGCGAACUAUCAGGAAGUACGAAAAAAAGAAAAAUCUUUUGCACCCAGGUUUUUUUUGUACUACCCGUGAGAAUGCAGAACAGAGACCAGCAAGACAAAGCAUAGCAGGAAAUCAUCACAUUCAUUCAAAGUGUGUUCUUUGGUAGGAAAAAUUCAAACAAAGCUUCUUCCUCGAGCAACGUUGAUUCAGUUAUCGAAUGUUCGCUUAUAUGUAAAUUAUUUGGAAGUUUAUACAGAGAUUGCCACAACUUCCAAAAGUAAACGUGAAAGCCGAGAUCUCCGAAAUGACCGAAUUACAACCCGGGAUUAUAUUGUUUGUUAUGAACAUCGCAAUUGCAACCGGUUUUUAAUCUCAUGCGGUGAAGUUUUUCAAUGGAGCCAAUCAAGUUCAAUGUUAAGGCGUCAAUUCCCUGCGGACGUGGGAGUAACCAAUCGGCAACUCAGUUCAAAUUCUGAACUAAUUUUUCGCAUGGAAAUGAGGUUGCUUGCUUGUUUGACCAGAGGUCCGUCUCGGGAGCCUUAUCAAACAUAUUAGGUAUUUUGAGAACGGCACCUCUGGAGCCAGGGUAGUGUUUAACAAAACUUCGUUCUGACCCAUUUUCAGUUUUCCUAAAACGCUUUUAUCCUAAAACUAUUUAUCGUGAAAAGUUGCUAGAAGGCAUAAGGCGCAUACAAGAAAUGUGGGACUGUUUUCGAGGACGAAUUUUGAUCCAGUUUCCAGCGAAUCCUCAUAUCCGGUUUAAAAGUAAAUGGAACACGGCUUUUCUGGUCGUUGCAGUGCAAAAUUUCCGGGAGCAAAGGAACGAUGAUUUGAAAAGGUAGUCCUGUUUUUCCGCACGGAGUGUUAAUAGCAGAAAUUUGCUUUUCAUUUAUUAAAGCCAAUCUUUGAUACCAGUUUCAGGCUUUCGCGGCUGUUUUUCGGUAACAGCCCACUUAUGUAAAUUUCAAGUUUAAAUUUUAGGAGCCGUUAAAAAGAUAUUUUCUCUCGGUAUAGCUCUGGCCUUGAGAAAAGGCUAAUUUUGUUAGCCGAAAUAUUGGCCUAUAAUAUAUCAGCCCUUUGCCGUAGUCCCAGCCUUGCAUUCAGUUUUGUUCCAUUUUACGCAUCAAGUGACGUCUGGCCACAGCAUCUCUUUAAUUAGUUAGAGAUCUGGCAAGAGGAACCAGUCAUUUUUAUUUACGCGUUGCGUAGACCUCUGCAUUCAAACAGUUUUUCCGUGUAAAAGGUCUGAGCACGAUUCCGGAACAAAAUUUACUAGCCCUGAAUUUUACUUUACCAAUUACCCAAACCAUGAACCGAACGGUCUGCCCAUGUAAAUGGUAAACAACCAACAGUUCCCAAAAGGCCAAAACAGUCUCAAAAAGUGAAAUUCAUCACCGUUACAACAUCAGCCCUGUCUCAUGAGAGCAACCUUAAAUGAUGUUUCACCACUGCACUUGAUUCAGUUUCCCGACGGCUUAUCGCUUCAGGCUGAGUGAACAUCUAAUUCAAUAGACCUUAUUUUAGCACAAGUUGUUUUGAAUACAACUGAUUUUAGUAAAGCUUUUAUAACAGUUAUAAGAGAAUAGUAGGUCGCGUAGGAAUGAAGUAAAGGAACCGUGUUGUUAGUCCCUGGCAUUCUUAUUACUUUUUUGACUCCUGAAUAGCAAUAGCUAGAAUCCCCAUACAGACCCUUGUUGGGCAAAUAUAAUUGACACCCUUAAGCUAGGGCUAUCUCUGUUUUCAAACGUAUUUCAGGUAUUUAUGAAUAGUGAGAGUUUAACUGAGAACUUUACCUUUCAGUUGUGGAUGUUAAGCCUGCCAUUCCAAUGGUAAUGGGAGCGAACAUUGGAACAUCAGUCACCAACACCAUUGUCUCCUUGGCUGAAGCUGCCGAGCGAAAUGAAUUCCGUCGUGCCUUUGCUGGAGCCGUCGUACACGAUAUAUUCAACUGGUUGUCUGUCAUUGUGUUUUUGCCUCUGGAAGUAGCUUCCGGCUACUUGCGCCGACUAACUGGAGAGAUCAUUGACUCUCUCAGUCUCAAAACAGAUAAAGGUGUCAACCAAAAGUUGUUGAAAACAAUAACGGAACCAUUUACAAAGCUUAUUAUUCAGUUGGAUAAAAACGUCAUAACGGAUAUUGCCCUUGGAGACCAAUCUGCUGAAUCAAAGUCUCUAAUCAAAAGUUGCAAGCCGGAAAAUGUCACUAAGGUGGUCAAUAAGACUGACUUGGUCAAUGACGGUAAUACAACUUAUACAACUUAUAAACUUGUGAACGAGUCGUCUACAACAGAUCCUCCCUGCUUCCUUUUUGCAGACACUCCACUGAGUGACACAGAAGUCGGUGUCAUAAUCCUGGUGAUAGCUAUCGCUCUUCUUUGUGUCUGCCUUAUACUAAUCGUCAAAAUCCUUCAUUCCAUGCUUCGCGGUCAGAUGGCCAAGAUCAUCAAGAAGACUGUCAACGCAGACUUCCCAGGGCCGUUCAAGUAUUUCACUGGUUACUUUGCUAUCUUGGUUGGUGCUGGGUUAACAAUGUUGGUUCAGUCCAGUUCCAUCUUCACCUCUGCACUUACGCCUCUUAUCGGUGUCGGAGUGGUGUCUCUUGAGCGCGCCUUUCCCCUCACUUUGGGUGCAAACAUCGGAACAACUGCAACGGGCAUUCUGGCAGCCCUGGCAAGUACCUCAAACUUGGACAAAGCUCUCCAGAUUGCCUUUUGCCAUCUGUUCUUCAAUAUUUCUGGUAUCAUAUUAUGGUAUCCAGUCCCUUACGUUCGCAAAUUGCCUAUCAACACGGCAAAAUUCCUGGGCAACAAAACUGCUGAGUACCGCUGGUUUGCCUUGGCUUACCUGAUUUUUGGUUUCUUCCUCCUUCCUGCAGCUAUAUUUGGCUUGUCACUGGCUGGUUGGCAAAUCCUGCUUGGUGUUGCGGUCCCAAUUGUUCUCCUCUUGCUUUUCAUCAUCAUUGUCAACAUCCUUCAGAGGAAAGCCCCAGACGUUUUGCCAGAGGCUCUCCAAGAUUGGAAAUGGCUACCAAAAUGGACACGAUCAUUGGAGCCUUAUGAUCGUGUGUUUAAAAAAUUGGGUGGACUUAAACGAUAUUGCUGCUGCGGUAGAAAUCGGGAGGACUAAAGUGAAAAAGAAAACUCCUGUGACAGCUACAAGCUAAGGGGA